GCCACAACAUCAUUCUCUUUUUACCUUCUCUGCAUGAGGACUGCAGUAACACGAGUUCAAUAUUGCGUUUGAAAAGUAUUUUCUGGAUUAAAGUUCCCUAUUGCAUAUUUGAGUCAAAUAUUUUCAAUACAAGGUGUUCCGUACUUUGCACUAGUGGUAUUUCAAAAACCAUAUCUACAUACAGUAAAGUACCAUGGAAAACCUAACCAUUAAUGAAUUGUACACUUCGGAUAAGCGCGGCGAUGAUGAAUCUGGCGAGGGAACUGCAGAAAAGCCUUUUAAGACCAUUUUGCGUGCUAUGAAGCACGCCGGAAAGGAACCCUUCCCGACGAUCUACGUAGACGCCAAGGAAGCGAAAUCGGAAUCGCUUUACGAGGUGGCAGCCAAAUCUCAGCUCAAGAAGAUCCAGAAACUUUGGGUUCGCGAUGGUUUCAAAAACGUCGAUAAGCAGAAACGCGAAGAGGACGACGCUAAGAAGCGAGAUCAAAAUUUGCAGGAAGCGAAAAAGAUUAUUAUUCAGGAAGAUGCCGCUUGGGCAACCGCCAAAGCAAUUAAGAUUAGCCAGGGAGGCGACAACCGUGGAGUACGGGUAAAGAUUUACGGUUGGGUGCAUCGACUGAGGCGACAGGGUAAAGGUUUGAUGUUUAUAACGCUUCGCGAUGGAACCGGUUUCUUGCAAAGCGUUCUCAGUGAUGUUCUGUGUCAAACAUACAACGCUUUGGUUCUUUCGACGGAAUCAUCGGUUCGGCUUUACGGAACGUUGAAGGCGGUCCCGGAUGGUAAAACUGCUCCCGGGGGUCACGAGCUUCAUGUGGACUAUUGGGAACUGAUCGGAUUGGCUCCGGCCGGUGGUGCUGAUUCCAUUUUGAACGAGGAUGCCCAUCCGGAUGUGCAGCUCGACAAUAGGCACAUCAUGAUACGUGGCGAAAACACGUCUAAGAUUCUCAAGAUGAGGGAUGUAAUUAUGAUGGCAUUUAGAGAACACUAUCACGACCGUGGAUACACGGAAGUAACGCCUCCGACGCUGGUACAAACGCAAGUUGAAGGGGGUUCUACGCUUUUUAAGCUUGAUUAUUUUGGGGAGCAGGCUUAUCUGACGCAAAGCUCACAGUUAUAUUUGGAAACCUGUCUGCCUGCACUUGGCGAUGUAUAUUGUAUUGCUCAAAGCUACCGUGCCGAGCAGAGUCGGACUCGUCGUCAUUUGGCCGAAUACAGUCACGUUGAAGCGGAAUGUCCUUUUAUAACAUUCAACGAUCUACUGGAUCGUUUGGAAGACUUGGUGGUGGAUGUGGUCGAUCGUGUCCUGAAAUCUCCAUGGGGUCAUCUGGUUAAGGAACUUAAUCCGGACUUUGUUCCACCGAAAAGACCGUUCCGUCGCAUCAACUAUGCCGAAGCAAUUGACUGGCUUAAGGAGAACAACGUAACCAAGGAAGAUGGAACAUUCUACGAGUUUGGUGAAGAUAUUCCGGAGGCGCCGGAACGCAAAAUGACCGAUACGAUUAACGAACCAAUAAUGCUGUGCCGGUUCCCGGCGGAAAUUAAAUCAUUCUACAUGUCCAAAUGUCCAGAGGACCGCCGCCUAACUGAAAGCGUUGACGUUUUGUUGCCAAAUGUGGGAGAAAUUGUCGGUGGUUCGAUGAGGUCCUGGGAUCACGAGGAGCUAAUGGAGGGAUACAAACGAGAGGGGAUUGAUCCGAAAGCUUACUACUGGUACAUUGACCAGCGGGUUUACGGAUCACAGCCGCACGGUGGCUACGGGCUUGGCUUAGAACGGUUCAUGUGCUGGCUGCUUAACCGAUAUCACAUUCGAGAGGUCUGUCUUUAUCCCAGGUUCCUGGAGAGGUGCACGCCGUAGACAAUAUUGCAUUUACUUUCAAGCAUUUGCGGCUACUAUUCCUAUUGCCUAUCAAUUCAUUGUAAAGCGCUAGUUUUGACUUUUAAAACAUUCUAUAAGAACGAAUUCAAAUAGUUUUCGUCCCAUAACAAUAUUUUUAUUUAUGUCUAAAAAAAAGCAGCAAGAAUACAGAUAACGGAAUCGAUAAAAGCACCUAGUUGAAGUUCGUUAAAAUAAACGUGAAAUUUUGGUUA